AUGAGGAUUUCUCGCAUUCGAAAGUCAGAAAAUGAUGAAUUAUACUUUAAUUCUUGUGCAGUGGUAACUUCAGAAGUUCUCAAGCUAUUCUGUUCACUAAUAAUCAUACUUUAUACUAAUAAUUUCAACAUAAAUGAGUUUUACAAUACUCUUAGAUUUGAUGUUUUUAACUCAUUAAAAAGUAUUAUCCUUGUUGGAGUUCCUGGUUUACUUUAUGUUGUGCAGAAUAACUUACUCUUUAUUGCUUUAUCAAAUUUGUCAGGGGCAGUGUACCAUGUUACUUAUCAAUUAAAAAUCUUAGCCACUGCUGUUAUAUCAGUUAUUAUUCUGAAUAAGCAACUUUCAAAAAUAAGAUGGUUGUCUUUACUCUUACUUACUAUAGGUGCAGUACUUGUACAAACAGGAAAAUCAUCGCAAUCUACUACUUCAAAUAGUCCAGGAUCUGAAUUUGAAAACACUGAUAACUUCUUAGGUAUUAGUUCUGUCUUAUUAGCAUGUUUUACAAGUGGACUUGCUGGAGUUUUUCUUGAAAAACUUCUUAAAGACAGUAAAACCAGUAUUUGGGGAAGAAACAUGCAGCUUGCCUUAUAUGGUACUAUUUUUGGAUUUAUUGGAUGCUUAACAGGAAAAGAAGGACUAGAAAUUUCCCAAAAGGGCUUUUUCUAUGGAUUCAAUUCUCUUGUAUGGCUUGUUAUUUGUCUACAAGCUAUUGGAGGAAUUAUUGUUGCUGCAGUACUUAAAUAUGCAGAUAAUAUCCUAAAAUGUUUUGGUAAUUCUCUUAGUAUCAUUAUGAGUUGUAUUCUUUCUUGGUAUCUUGGAGAUUAUAGCAUUACACUGAAUUUUUUUAUUGGUUCUGUUCUUGUGAUCUGGUCAAUCUUUAUUUAUGGACUUGAAAGAGCUUUUCCCUGCUCUGACUAUCUUCUAAAGCUUAGACUUGUUUUAAAAAGAAAUUCAAGAAAUAAAAUUAUUACCAAAUACAAAAACCUUAGAGAAUCUAGCUCAGAAGCUUCUUUUGAUUUCAGUGGUUAUAACUCUGAAGUUGGAAACAACUAUCCCAGCAAUAUAAAUACUCAGAACAAUAAUAAUAGUAAUAACAUGAGUAAUAACAAGUUUAAGAAUUUCAAUAAAUUCAUUCACCCACAAAAACAAAAUCGAGACAAUAACAGUGACAUUGAUGAUGUUAUCCCAAAAGGUCUUCAAAUGGCCAUCAUUUCCUCUGGUGUUUGA